UUUAAAUUUCCUACUAUAUAGUUAAUAAGCUAUUAUCAUCAUCCGAUCCAUUGCUUAUUGGUCUUCCAUAAGUGAUGGCUUUUGCUCAUCAAGUUGUCACAGCACUUGUUUUUGUGUUAGUUUUGACCAAAGUUGACCCCUCAGCAUGCCAAUUGGUGAAGGGCAAAGUCUCCUGCAAUGACUGCACUCAUCAAAACUACGAUUUCUCUGGGAUCAAGGUGUCAGUGAAGUGUGAAGGUGUGAAAAGGGUAGCCAUGGCAACAACACAAGAUAACGGCACCUUCAAGGUUGACCUCCCCUUUGACCAGCAUAAUAAUUUUAUGAAGAAGUGCCAUGCAAAAAUUAUUGGAGGACCAAAUCACAUAUAUGCGAGAAAGAAGAACCAGGUGUCAGAAAUUGUAAUGAAGGGCAAGGAGGUAAAACUAUCAAGUCCUCUUAGCUUCUUCAAAGAAUGCCCCCAACAACACAUUGAAUAUUGCAACGCGUUCGCUUCAUCCAAAACCUUCGAUUUCAAUUUCCCUUUUCCACCCGAGUGGGGUUUGGCACCCUCUAGUUACUACUUUCCUUAUUUCUUCCCUAUAAUUGGAAUACCUUGAUAUUUUUCACUAUUUGCAUAUACUUAAUAUUUAAUAAUGAACGGAAUUAAGAAAAUUCUAUGAUCUAGAGGUCGUUACAAUUACGAGUCUACCUAUAUAUGUACUUGUGGGGUUGCCAAAUUAAAGGUAGCUAGCACAUAUUGUUAUAAUAAAGCACUAGCUAUAUAUUACUAGCUUUGUUUUGUAA